AUGCCGCGCCAGCAAGUGUACGGGAAACGCUCACGAGCAGUCUACAACGACUUCGCCAUUUUUGACAGUCCACAACGACCGACGGUCAAAUCACGAGCCGAAGAGGCGACGCAGAGACUUGUGGAGAAGGUGACCGGGCUGAGUCUACAUGAUUGUGCGGACGUCGUUGAGCAUCGGAGGCGGAGAUUAGUGCUUGGGGCGUGUGAUGCGAACAGUGUUGUCUUGCCGGUCAGACCACGAAAGACCAAGAAUGGGAGGCGGAAGAAGGUGGUUGAAGUCGAGGUGACAAUAGAACAUUCCGGGCCGCAAGACGUACGUGAGGUGGAGAGCAGAGAGGAUGUGGAAGAGAUUGAGACAAGACAGGCGGAGAGGCGUGUAAAUGAUAAGACGGCUGAAAAGGAGGAGGCAAAAGAGCAGCAGGAUCUCGUAUCAUCUACCGAAGCGCGACGAGUAUCGCCGGAGCCGCCGAAGAGGAAUAGAGACAAUAGCAUACCCCAAGCACCGACAAUCUCAGCUCUAGAUCUCUCUUUCGCAGAUCUCACGGACAAGCCAGACGACACAACGACAAUCGCUGCAGUACCAAUCAACAAUAUAUACAGCAACCACUCUCGAACUCUACUGGACCUCUCCUCGCACGACCUCACGCCCUUCGCCCUUUGGUCAUCCCAACUCUCUGACCAUUUCUCCCUGGCCAAGAUAGCCGAAGCCUCUUUCGGCGAAGUCUAUCGUUUGUCCCUACUCUCGCCACUUCCCGGUCUAUCACGAGCAGACGAAUCAGUCUUCAAAGUCAUAGCGCUACAGGCACCAAAGUCUAUCCUCCCAAUCGCAAAGAAAGCUCGAGCUGCAGCGCUGGCGAAGGCAGAAGGCAUGUCAAAAGUGGAAGAUGUUGCUAGUGAAGUGCGGGUACUGCAGAGGAUGAGCAGUAUACCCGGCUUCACUAACUUCCGUGACGUGCGGAUAGUGCAAGGCCGACCUCCGCCUCUGUUUGUGGAAGCAUUUCAAACCUACAAUGCUGAACAAAAGGCCAAGAAGAAGGAUCUUAGCCACUUUCCCGACCCAGUGAAGAAGACCAGCUAUUGCGAGGAUCAGCUCUGGGCGGUGAUAGAGAUGCAGGAUGCUGGUACGGAUCUCGAGCAGCUGGUCGAAGCGGUGGAAGGCGAAUGUACGAGUAUCUGGAGUGUCUGGGACGUUUUCUGGCAAGUCGUGCUCACGCUCGCGAAAGGCGAAGAGGGUGCAGAGUUCGAGCACAGAGAUCUCCAUCUAGGGAAUAUCUGUGUGCGGCAUAAGAACGAGUCGACCCUUUCAGCUUCCACAGCAAAUAUCGACAUCACGAGCAAGAAGCUAGGAUUCACAGAUCUAGAGACGACAAUAAUCGACUACACCAUUUCCCGGUGCCGCCUCACCUCCAAGACCCACCCCUUUUCUGACCCUGAACAAGAGAUAGCCUACCACGACCUCCUCCCCGACCCCUCUCUCUUCCAAGGCGACAGUACCGAAGAAUACCAAUACGACAUCUACCGCUACAUGCGCGGGGCCGUCUUAGCCCAGGAUCCUAUGUCGAACGAGGACAUGCCCGACAACAAAGACAUCUGGCAACAAUACCACCCAACCACAAAUCUAAUCUGGCUCCACUUCAUCCUCUACAAGCUCCUCGAGCAGCUCUCCUGGCCUUCAUCCCAGAAACCACCGUCUCGCAAGCUAAAAGUGGCUGUGAAGCCGGCUUUUGCGGAAUGGAAACGGGCGAACGACCUGGAACAUACACUCCUCCACAUGCAGGAUCUUCUCGAUCCCGAGACGGGGAUAUGUAAAAGCUCUCUGCGUUCUGCAAGCGAUAUCGUGGCCUUGGCGUUGAGUGAAGGCUGGUUGGGUGUGGAGGAUGUGGUGGGCUGUCAUAACGAUGUUUAUACUGGGAUGAUGGUGGGAGGAGAGGGUGAUGUUGUGUCUUCUUCGCCACCAGGUACUGUUUACCUUACUACAGACGAAUGCGUGGCAGUCCCGCAGAGCAGUGAUCCACCCGCUCUCCUCACAUUCGAGGACGCACCGACGCAUAUCCAAAUCAAUAUUGAUAUCAUGGAGGAGAAAGGUCUGGAAGCUGCUACGCACGCGGCUCGGAAGACGAGACGGAAGGACAGGGCGAGGAGGAGACGGAGUACGCUAUGA